UGGAAGUGGCCCUCGCUGGAAAUCAAUGAAUUAGAAAUAUGAAUCUAAUCGCCCAUUGGUGACGCGCCGUGCAGCUACAUACCUUUUUUUUUCUUCUUCUUCUUCUCCCCCCAGAUUAUAGGAACAGAAAUUGACAAUAAAUGAACGCACAGAGGAACAGGCAUCGCUAAACACAUGCAGUGUAUUUAGGCUUGCACGAAGUAAAAGUGAACCGACUAUCAACAAAGAAGCAGAUUGUAAAUUGAUUUAUUCAAUUGUUAUUUAUUUAAUAUUGCUUCACAGUCGUUAUUUAUUAGGUGAGAUAACAAUGUGGAUAACAGGCCCGUGCUGUAGGUAGCUCUAAGAUGAUUGUUGACAUGAGACCCCACACCCACUCGCGACGGGAUUUGCUUUUAGAAAUAAAUUUGGAUCUAAUAGAAAAUGUUUUAUUAAAGCAAUUACCAAAAAUUCCGGACAACUGUUGCGAAAAACGGGCCUACUGUGCAGGGGAUCCUUGAAAUGCAUUUUCAAUUAAACUGACUUUUUAAAACAAUACUUGUAACAGCCUCACGUCUCCCAGUUACUUUUUCAAUGCUCGUUCAAAAAGCAAUUUAAUUUAAAUUUUAGAAAGAAGAAGAAGACAGACUAAAAAAAUUGAAGAGUUAAAGCACACACGCCUUUAUAUUAGAUGAAAUAGAGGCAGAUAUCUGUGAGCGAUGCAGUCUUUGUUCCUUGUGAGACGGGUCCAAAUCCUUCCUUUUGGUGCUGUUCAAUUGUCGCUAAUUGUACUGUAUGAGACCAAUAACAGGGGAGCGCGCACAGCCUGCAGCCACAGGGCGCACGGAGUGGGGAGAGGAGGGGAGGAUGGUCUCUCCCUCUUUUUUUUCCUCCCUCCCCUCGCCGUCUCUCCCUUAAUCCCAUUUGCCAUUGUACAUGCCCAAUCGCCUAUACUUUCCGCAUUUAACUUGGAUGACAUUUUUAUUUCAUCAUUAGCAUCAGACACCGACUGACUGACACGCUGGGACACGAAGAGGUUUUUUUUUCCUUCUUCUUCUUCUUCUUCUUCUUCUUCUUCUGCUUCUUCUUCUUCUUCUCCCCCCCGCGCUUUAGACGGAAACACUCCGGGAUGAGACAUCCCCAUGAUUGUCUUUUUGUGACACGUAUCAACGCUUUAUUUUAUUAUUUAACCCGCGGAGAAGGAAGUGUGUUUUGACGACGCUCUCCGGGUGUGAAGUAGAGUUAGAAAAACAGGAACUCAAAGUACCUGGGAUAUCCACAGCCUGUAAGUCAGCAUUUUUUUUUUUUUUUACUUUCACCCCCUCCUCUGCUUUUGAUAAGAAAAAUAAAUAAAAAAUCCUGGACCUCUGCGUUCAGACCGCAGCUGCAGCGAUGCCAGAGACGACACAAGAGACGUGCGCUCCGGCCAAGGAUUCCCCUUUCUUCAUCAAGAACCUGCUGAACUGUGACAGCAAGCCGUCUAAACCCAAACCGCCGCUCGUCGCCUCCGCUAAGGCGGCCUUAGAGGGAGGAUUUUCCCUCUCCCAGGUCGGGGAAUUCAACUUUCCACGCUUUGACGUGCCCGCGCAGCGGUUCACUCUACCGGCGCACUACCUGGAGCGCACCUCUGCGUGGUGGUACCCCUACACCCUCGGUUCGGCGGCUCAUCUGCACAGAACUGAAGCAAUCGAGAAACCAGGAGCCAGAGAUUCCUCCCCGACCUCUGGCACGGACAGAGACUCCCCGGACCUUGUGCUCAAAUCCGAGCCGGACGCGAAAGACGACGACGACGAGGACGAGGACGAGCACAGCAACAACAAAAGCAGCGACGAGAUCAUCCUGGAGGAGAGCGACGCGGAGGAGGCCAAGAAGGACGAGCUGGAGGAGUGGAAGAAGCGCGACGAGGACAAGAAGCCGUGCCGCAAGAAGAAAACGCGCACAGUGUUCUCCCGGAGCCAGGUGUUCCAGCUGGAGUCCACCUUCGACAUGAAGCGCUACCUGAGCAGCUCGGAGCGCGCCGGUCUGGCCGCCUCGCUGCACCUGACGGAGACCCAGGUGAAGAUCUGGUUUCAGAACCGGCGGAACAAGUGGAAGCGGCAGCUGGCCGCCGAGCUGGAGGCCGCCAACCUGAGCCACGCCGCGGCGCAGAGGAUAGUCCGGGUGCCCAUCCUCUAUCACGAGAACUCUGCCUCGGAGGGCGCGGGGGGCGCGGCGGCCAGCGUGCCCGUCAGCCAGCCGCUGCUCACCUUCCCGCACCCGGGAGUCUACUAUUCCCAUCCCAUCGUCACGUCUGUGCCGCUGCUCAGACCGGUUUGAAAACCGCCGAAAAGAGUUUUGAUGUUUCAUCUUAUGACAAAAUAAUAAUAAAAAAAGAAAGACAAUAUUUUUUUAAUACAAAGUCAGACACUGCGAAAAAAACAACAAAAAAAACUAAGAAGAGACUGUCACUGUCAGGCAAACAUGGACUUAUUUUGUCAGAUAGGUAAUUGUGUCAUUUUCCAUAAGGGUACCGUUUAUUAUUAUUAUUAUUAUUAUUAUUAUUAUUAUUAUUAUUAUUAUUAUUAUUAUUAUUAUUAUUAUUAUUAUUGACAUCUCAGGAGUCUGCCCACUGUAUGAGUGUAUUUUUUUCUUAUUUUUUUGUUUUAAAACCUGAUUGUUGCUGGACAGGCCAUAUCUGUGCGAUGCAAAAAAAAAAAAAAAAAAAAAAAGGAAGUGGGGCGUGGGGAAAUCUUGUUUACAUAAAAGUGGUGACCUUCUUCUCACUUAACACCCUCAUUUGAAUUUUAUUUCCUUUUCAAGAGCUGGUGACACUGCUGUCAGAUGAGUGAAUUCACUAAACGUGGAACACUUGUUUUGAUCUUUUUUUUUCUUUCCUUUUUUUAAGCGCUUGAAGGGGGACAAUCAAGACACUCUAGCUGUAAAAAAAAUAUCCACGUAGCUUUCUGUUUUUAGUGAUUCUUUUAAACGCUCCUUCCACACAGACAGUUCUCUUAAGCACAAGUCUCCAAUGACAAUUUGUGUUUUUGAAACGGAGGGAUUAAAAAUAACGAGACAAAAAAAAAAUCA